CCUAGUCCAACAAAGCUAUUGGGAGCUGUUGGUCUUAAUACAUCACUAAUUGCCGACUCAUCAACUAGGGAUCCAAUCAGCGAUGCAAUCAACAUCGAUACCAUCGAACGCACCGAAACAGAAUUGAACAGCACUCUUCAAGAACAUAACAUAACUAAAACGUUUGAAGAUAAUCAUUUAUACUACAAAAGCACUUGGUCAACUGAUAAAACUAUGAGCGAGGAGUUUUGGAAAAAAAUAUCUACCAACCUUACCGUCAAUAUGCUGCUUUCUAAUUCACACCGGCGAGCAACUACUAUGAUUUUAUCAUUCGAUUUCCCAUUCUACGGCUUCCCUAUUCGUAAUGUAACAAUCGCAAGCGGAGGAUUUUUAUACACCGGGGACUAUGUGCAUUCGUGGUUGGCAUCGACGCAAUAUAUAGCUCCUUUGAUGGCUAAUUUUGAUACUGCAUUGUCCAAUAAUUCCUUUGUCAAAUAUCGAGAUGAUGGCGAAACAUUUACCGUGGUAUGGGAAAAUGUGAUUCUUCAAGAUCGUCCUAGCAAUGGCACAUUCACAUUCAGCGUUACAUUGAAUAAAUCUGGUGAUAUAGUGUUUGCAUACAAAAAAAUCCCUAUCAGUAUUCAACACAUAUUUGAAAAUCCUUUGAUGAAAAACCAUCCAGUUAAAAUAGGACUUUCAGAUGCGUAUAUAAUUGAUAAAACAAUCAUGCGUACCAAACAAAAAACCAUUUACGAAUAUCAUCGUGUUAAUUUUGGACAAACUGAAGUGACGAAUGAUACUAUUAUUACAUUAACAUCUCUCCCUACUUGUUUCUCAUUUAAAGAUUGUGAAUCUUGUAUAACUCAUGAAGGAGCCGAUUUUGAGUGUUUAUGGUGUCCAACCAUGAAUCGAUGUUCAACUGGAACAGAUCGUAAGCGCCAAGAUUGGGUACAUAAAGGAUGUGAAGCAACAACAAUUUCUGAGAUAUUAUACUGUCCUGCUCUUGGGCAAAAAGGUAAUAAUUAUGGAGAAUCUAUGGACGUAACAUCCAAAAUAACGGAUAGGUACAAUAGCACCAGUAGCAUAAGAGAUAAUUAUCAACCAGCACAAGAUGACAAACUUCAUCAAAACACAAAUGGCGUCGCCCAGAAUGGAAGUUAUAUUCAUAAUGGAUCUAAAAAAGAAGAAUUCGUCAACAAAGCCCACUUAUAUCAUACAACUGACAUGGAUAGUGGUUCGAGCAACAAACUGAUAGUUUCUCUGCUUGUUAUCAUUUUAAUUUUGCUAAUAUGCGGCUGUUGGGUGUUAUAUGCCUACCGAAACCCACACACGAAAAGUGGACAAUUGUUAAUUAGGAUUUUCAAAUGGAAAAAGUAUCGUCCUAACAAGUGGUUAUGGCGACGUGGCGAGGCACGUUAUACUGCAGCUUCCAUUCACAUGUGAGAGCCCGAGCCCCGUUAAGAAUGAAUUCCAAGAACAGUCCGUCCAUAACAUCUUGCCGUGCAUGGUCUUUUUGUAAUCAUUUUUGCAAUUUAUUUCCCUGUUUAAGAAGCAAUCGAAUUUUUCAGAGCAUCUUUACUAUCCUCGGAUAUGGUCAAUAGAAUUUGUUGUUAGCUUGUUAAUUUAUCGAUGAAGUAAUCAUAUACGUUUGGAAAAGAUCAAUGUAAAAGUUAUGCAAGCCUGAAAAUAUCUCAAACGGCAUUUCAUGGAAAUGCCACAAAUAAAAAGUAUAUUCAAAUAAUUAUA